CCGAAUACAAAUAACAAUCACGGACCAUUCUCGAAACGCAUUCAGCUUGCUCAAUUCUCCUCUGCAUCAUUUUCUUUUCUAUUUAUCGCACAAAACCCCUGAAAGUCCGGGUAAAGGAUGUCGCAACUGUCUAUUGACGGUCCAUAUAUGUACCGGAGGGUCAUCGUCUCUGGUAAACGGCAUCCCUUAGCAGUACCCCCGGCCCUCUUCGAGCUCAAUGUACCGGGCCAUCUCAUGACUUACGACCGCAAUGCUGAAGCUCCUGGUGCAACCACUUGGAACGAUCCCACGGAUCCUGAACUUGACGUUGAAGACAUCGAGUUUCUUACCGAAGAGGAGUGGAAGAUCAUCGACGACAUGGAUUUGCUAGAUGCUUGGAAGACCGACUUGAAUCAGCUCAGGAAGGAAGCAGAACGUUUCUAUGCUGAUGUAUGCUACGAAACCCCAACAGGCAAGAAGAUCUGGUGUCAUUCGGCGAUCAUGGGAAAGUAUACGACGGUGGUGAGCCGUGCUACUCAAGAGUCUCGACAAACGUUCUUGUUUACGGCAGCUCCGGGUGGUUGGGGACAGUUAGUGACUCGGCAGAACGCUGUUACAGGGACGACAUCGCAGAUGGUAAAGAUCCAUGAGCGCCAGUACGAAGGUGUUCAACUGCGAGUCGUGCAGGCCUACGCAAGUGAUGGCUGGCGGGACCUUCGGAACCGUCACGUAACUUCAGAUAUUACGCUACGGCUUUUCAUAACAAAGGAUGAGAUCCCGACGAAGGAGCUCGAUCUCUACAGUAUGCUACCUGACACGACAACUCAUCGACACGAAGACGGGAGCUUGUUUGCUGACUACCCUAUGCACAAGUUCGUGCUCCUUCUGCGCGUGCCGUACUUUGAAAUACUAUUCUCCUCAAGUUUUGGUGAUGCCAAUCAGAAUCUCUACCAGGUGCAAGACGUUACGUUCUCGAUCCGAACAUUUCACUACUUUCACGAGUACGUCUAUGGUUGGCUACCCAGCGACCUCGGUCCGCGCAUUGGGGGCUGGAAAUCGCCGAAACCAGACCUGAUCGCUUUGGCGAAUGAACUCCUAGAGGUAUAUAGGGGUGCAAAGUAUUACUUAAUCGACGACUUGGUACAGUGGGCUCAACUACAGAUGAUCAGACUUUGUCGACGUGGCCAGACCCGACUCGCAGAGCCGGGUGAAGGAUUCGUCGACGGGAACGUCGCUUCGUUCGUGGUUUCUCAGAUGCAUAAUCCGGCAGAUUACGACAACAAGGGUGAAUGGGUUGUCGGCGAACUGUGCAUGGACGUGGCCCAGGUCAUGGACCACGAAUCUUGGACACCAUCGAUGUGGAACUGGGAAGCCGGUCUACGUGAGAUCAUGUGGACCGCCAUCGGAUACGCAAUCCAAGAAGCCUUCCCGUUCCCACUCUUCCGAGACUACUGCAAACUUCGUGCCAGGAUCCGUCGCAAGGAAGGCCACGAAAUGUUGAGGAGAUGGGAGGAGGAAUGGUUCAACCGCUUGGAUUGGACAUUUAGUUCUGCUUGGCGCGAACAGUGGAAAACAGUCAAGAUGUGGGUUGAGACGCAGCAUGCGUAUGAGGUGAAGGAGAACACGGAGUUUAUUGCGGAGGUGUACCGUGUGUUGAACUCGCAGGUUAUCCUUUCGAGGCCUUUGGACAUGAAGCCGGAGUCGAUAUCUGACGCGGAAGACAGCGAAGAGAGAGAGGAUGGCAAUGAACAGGACGGUGGACGUCAAGGAGACGGUGAACCGGAAGCUCAAAGCGAAGGCGUUGCCAAAGCUGAAGACGAAGAUGUUGAGGCUCAAGUUCAAACUCCGGCUGAACCUUUAACUGAAUUUGAGCGCCAGAAUGAGAAAUGGGCGAAACGCAAAGUUAUAAGAGAAGAGCUAGAUUCUGAAGAAUCAAAACUUCAACGCAAAAAGCCUGCCACCUUCGGUCGCCAUCUCAUCGACUGCUACCGGUACCUCUCCCGCCAACCUGGCGGUCGAUAUGACGAAGUAAUUCAACUCGCCCUCAAACAAAUCUGCGACUGGUUUGGCUUCAACCAAAACUGGAAAAACAUCCUCAUCGAAGGCGAUGCCCAUAUGUGGAAAUACGCGGACCUCAAGUACUUGUGCGACUACAUCAACAUCCCAAUGUCACGAAUCGCACCCAACGCGGAGUCGCAGAGCGAGACGCAGAGUGAGGAGGACUUUGAUGAGUUUCAUUGGGGGGCUUUGUCGUUCGAGGUCGAAGAUAGGGCGCGGACGGAUAGUGAGAGUGAGGGGGAGGUACGGAGGAACCCCUUUCAUUGGAAGAAUUUGACGAAGGGGAUGACGCCGUUUGAAAUGGAUGCGGACAGGGCUGGCGUCGGUGAACCGAGUUUGGAACAGGGAGGGGUGGUUAUGAACGAGGGAGACGAGGAGGAGAGGGAACCGGAUGAUACGAUCAUUGCACCUGUUCCGAUUGGUAUGCAUCAUGUUGGUUUUCAGGAUAUAGACCAUGAUUCAGGUCUGGAUGCUGAUGAGAGUGAUUGAUCAUGAUUAUCAUAGACGUUGCAUUGGAGAGGGCAGGAGUCUUUAUUACGGCAUGGCAUGGAAUUGUUGAAGGCAUCAUCAUGGACAAAAACACAAACGGCUGUUCGCAAUGGCUAAGGCAGCUUUGAAUGACAAUCAACGUUUAAGCUUCUGACGUUCUCCGUAGAUCUCCCGUUGCCUUAACGUUAUCG